AUUACAAAAAGUUUAGCAGAGGUUUAAAUUCUACCGUAAAUUACCAUGUGGAAUUCCUUUACUGCCACGGCGGUGAGGGUCAGAGGAGGACCGCUCCUCAGUCCUUCCAUCUUUAACACUACCGAGUCGAGCUAUCGUGAAUUGUCUAAAUGGCAGCUGGACUAUACCGUUUUUGGAUUCAAAGAAGAUUUACUCUCGGACAAGGCGAGCAUACCCGAAAAGGAUUCCUGCGGAUCCGAAGUUAUGGACAAGAAAGCUGAAAGAGGAUCCAGAAGGAGACCCACUUACUCUGCCAAGUUUACCAGAGCAUUCUCGAGAGGAAGUGAAGAUACAUGCGAAUCGUCAGAUGCAGAUGAAAUCAUGGAAACUGCAAAUGACAUUCGUAUGAAGAGAAUAUCUGAGUUCCACAAGUCUCUAACGAAAACAGUUAAACUCAAAAGCGGAAUAUUCCAUGAACGUGUGUGUAUAACAUGCAGCAAGGACGGGAAAACCAUAGAAUGGUACAAAAUAAAAGGAAAGGAGGUAGAUAAAGAAAAGGGACCAAUAGGGGAAAUCAGCGUAGGAAAGAUACUAACCGUCAAAACAAAGGCAGACAACUUGAAGCAUUUGGAAAUUCUCUGCCGCUCAGAGGCCUUUUUGUUCAUGUUUAAAACUACAGCUGACAGAGAAGAAUGGCAAACAGAACUAGAAAACUUUAUAAAAUUCAUGAGGUUACCAUAAUUACUUUUUAAAUUG